AUGUCUGGACGUGGAAAAGGAGGAAAGGGACUGGGCAAGGGAGGAGCCAAGCGUCACCGCAAGAUCCUGCGUGACAACAUCCAGGGCAUCACCAAGCCUGCUAUUCGUCGUCUUGCCCGUCGUGGCGGUGUCAAGCGUAUCUCUGGUCUCAUCUACGAGGAGACACGCGGUGUUCUCAAGACUUUCCUCGAGGGCGUCAUUCGGGAUGCAGUUACCUACACAGAGCACGCCAAGCGCAAGACUGUCACCUCGCUCGAUGUGGUGUACGCACUCAAACGUCAAGGCAGGACCAUCUACGGUUUCGGUGGCUAG